AUGGAUACGAGCGAUUUCGAGGACAUGUUGUUUAGCGACUUUGACCUGCAAACCGCUCCUGAUGAUGCCUUGUCGGAGGACACUGAUGAUGAGCUACUGUUCGCUACUUCCAGAGAAGAGACUUUGCUGUGGGGUAUAUCGAACAGUUCAGACUCGACACUUCCAACCGCCAGUACUACCCUGGAUUCUCAGGAGGAACGCCAGCACUAUCAAACUAAUCUUACCCAAAGACCGAUACGCGACAGACACUGGGUGAUCGCUUGCAUUGAAGCAAUGCUAGAGACGAUUGUGGACGCUCUGCUAGAAGAGCACGAAGCGCUCACUAUCACUCUGAAGUCGCGCGCGGGCCUAUCUCGCAGACGGACUGCUGUUACAUCGGAUGGUAGAGCGAUGAUUCCGGAACCCAAAGAACGGGAUAUUAACUUCCCUGGAGCAAGUGCGCAAGAGGCAUGGAAUUUCACUGUGUUGCUUCGCAUCCUGGAACUUAUCCAUUCUGGCCUUAUCGCGGACACCAUUAUGACGAAGAGAGAUAUAUAUUACCGACAUCCAGACCUCUUCAUCAAACAGUCAGUCGUUGAUCGAUAUGUCGAUGACUUGGCUUGUACCUUCGACAUCACCCGAUCCCAAUUGAAUGUGACUGCUGCCGCAAAAGGCUUAAUAGCUGGUAACUUCAGAUUAAUCCGACAUGACGGUCAUGUUGUGAACGGCAUGAGCGAGGAGGGUAUCAUCGUUCCCAAUUUGAGUGCGAACGACAGUUUAGAUCUGACAGAAGUACAUUGGGUUCUUAUCAUCGAGAAAGAGGCCACUUUCAGAUCCUUGAAGAGCUCACCACAGUGGCAGACGUUGGGUUCCAAAGGACUUGUAUUGACUGCAAAGGGAUAUCCCGACAUUGCCUCACGAAAAUUGUUGAACCAUAUAGCGGAAGACGCCCCGCACAUCCCCAUAUACGCUCUUGUGGAUCUUGAUCCUGACGGUAUCGCCAUCCUGUCGACGUACAAGUAUGGCUCGUAUCGCCUUGCUCAUGAGGACGUCACACCCACUGAUACGACUGCGCCGGGUUUGCCCAGCAUCCGCUGGCUUGGUUUAAAGAGUCACCACAUGAGCCGGACUCCGGUAGGCGAAGAGCACACAGACACCAGUGCAAUCACUCAACUCCAAGGACUGAUGCGACUGACAGCGCGCGACCGUACUAAAGCAGCACGAAUGCUGGAGUGGAACUUAUGCAGUGAUGAAGGCCCCGAGCAAGGUUGGAGGCAGGAGCUGCAGACAAUGCUGAUGCUCAACAUCAAGGCUGAGAUGCAGAUAUUGGACGAAGCGCUCGGUGGGCUGGUGUCCUGGUUGAGCCACGAGCUUGGGCAGGCAAAGGAACUGGUGUGCGCACCGCUAGUGGACGAAGGAGCAGACGACAGGAUGCUGUUCUGAGACUUACAAUAUCCGUGAGGAACAUGGUGGCCUUCUAUACGCAGUACCCACACGUGUCACCUUCUCUUUGUGAUGAACAGGCGGACUACUGUCAGAAACAGUUCGGGCAGUCACAACCAAUGUGACGCAUCUUAGCCACAGCAAAACUGAUAUGGGCCUUUGAAGUGCGCAAUUGAGGGCAUGGCAAUUGGAGUGCAACGCAGUUAACAUGUCGGGGUGUGUGUGCGAUAGU